AUGGCAAAGUUUGUUCUUGCGGGAAAAGCUGAUUGUCCUUAUUACGCAAAGGCUGAGCUUCUGGCUGAUGUGCUGCAAAGAAAGCUGCCUGAUUUUCACAUUCACAAGAUCUCUGUGCACCCCAGUGACUGGAAAAAAUGGCUGGAGGACACCUGUUCAUCAAAUGGCUGGAAGCAUUCAAGUUCUCCUAUAGUAUGGAGAGAGCUGAUUGAUCGUGGAGGGAAAGGCAUGCUGCUCGGAGGCUUCAAUGAUUUCCUUGAGCAUGCUCAGGGCUACUAUGGCAUCACCUCAGAUAUGAACUCUGAUCUGAUGAUACAAAUUGCAGCAGAUAAUCAACAAACUAGAGAACUGUGUAUGGAGGAGGAAAUCCAUCGACAAAGAUCUAUCAGACCUCUGCACAUCUGGAUCAGCAGUGCUCUGAGCCCCAUCUGCUACAGCCUCAUUCCUCAGUUGUUCACCCCGGAGCUGUUUCCAGGUCUCCCCACCUUCAGUCUUCACCUCAUGGAUGCUGGCGGCUCUGAGGAAAUACUACAAGGACUCAAAAUGGAAACAGAAGACCUUGCACUACAUCAGCUCCACGAGCCUGUAUGUGAAAGUAAUGAUGAGCAGGAUGACAAGGACCACAUGGUGAGCCAGGUGGCAGAACGUUUUCGUUGCUAUGGGCAACUUAUAGAGGCAAAUGCACAGAAAGACGUAAGAGUGAUAGUGGCCGGAGACUCCUUUGUUAAUCUGAAGUGCUCGUUGUUAAUUGAGAACGCACCCUCUGUUAACCCGCACAACUUUGUGGCGAUGGCAACACAACUAGAGUAUGAGGCGAAAACUCAUCUUGCACAGAAGUUGUUGGUGAAAACAGCAGACAUCACUAAGGUCAUUGUAUGGGGAAACAUCAGUGGCAUUUACCAUAUUGACCUACAGAGGGCGAAGAUUUUCAGAUAUGAUGGUGCAAUUUGGGGACCAGAUGGUUUUUCUCAGCAAGUCUUGGAAAUGAUUUAUGAUUGGAAAUGGCUGGAGACAGAUUUUAUGAGUUUAGUACAUAAACACCAUACCACAAUUUCGUCAAAAACAAAAAACGCCACAGCAAUAUCAACAACCAAUGGAAUAAUGACCAUUUUAAGGGCCUGGAAUAAUGAUGCAUCUCCGGAGGACGUCUUCUCGUUGGGUGUAAUUAGUACAGGGCAGUUUGGGAUUCCAGCAGGUUUGGUGUUUUCUAUGCCUGUGAGCUUCAGGAAUGGUCACUGGUCAGUGUGCUCAGAUGUUACGGUUACAGAUGAGUUGAGGCUAAAACUUGAUACUUGUGCUGAUGAACUUAGUAAGGAGAGAGACAUUGCUGCUAGAAUAUUGAAGAAGGACGCAUAA